GUUCUGUUUUUGCAAAGCCUUUUUUGCAAUCUUUUUUUGCGUUUUGUCUUGUUCUGCGUACAGGAGUCUGUAUAUGAAUCGAUGGCCAGUCAAAAUUUCAUCUAUUCCUUGCAUUAACACCAUCUAAUUUGCCGUUUCUAAUCAAACGGUUUCUCGUAAGAAGGCCCGCCUCCUUCAAUGCUGCGUUAUUGUGAACUACCUGUAGUUCUGCUGAUCUCUGUAUUUGCUUGCAGUCUUGUAAGUUCUAGAAUAAGCUUAGCUAUACAGGAACAGCAUUCAAGGUUAUAUCUUCUAACUAGCCAUAGAAAGAUCUUGCUAACGCUUCCUCGUAUCGAGCUUACAGGGACAGUUGGGUCCAGUGUACGGACACAAUCGAGUGUAAUCGGUUGUGCUGCAGGAAUUGUACUAGUUUGGUGAAAAUCUGGCUAAAAAUGAGCAAAAUUACAAUAUUUCACAGCCAUUA